AUGGGGCUGCUGACUGGGGAGGCCCUGACCACCUUGGCUGUGGCCUUGGCCAUCUUCCUGCUCCUGGUGGAUCUGAUGCACCGGCGAGCUCGCUGGGCUGCCCGCUACCCUCCAGGCCCUGUGCCUCUUCCUGGACUGGGCAAUCUGCUACAGCUGGAUUUCCAGGACAUGCCACACAGCAUAAACCAGCUGCGGCGCCGCUUCGGGGACGUGUUCAGCCUACAGCUGGCCUGGACUCCAGUGGUCGUGCUCAGUGGGCUGGAGGCUGUGCGCGAGGCGCUGGUGCUUCGCGGUGAGGACACGUCCGACCGACCGCACAUGGCCAUCACUGAGCACCUAGGAUUCGGGCCUCGAGCCCAAGGUCUGAUCAUGGCGCGCUAUGGCCACGCGUGGCGCGAGCAGCGGCGCUUCUCCGUGUCCACACUGCGCAACUUCGGUCUGGGCAAGAAAUCUCUGGAGGAGUGGGUUACACAGGAGGCUGCCUGCCUCUGCGAUGCUUUCGAAGCCCAGGACGGACGCCCCUUUAACCCUAACAACCUCAUGAACAAAGCGGUGAGCAACGUCAUCGCCUCCUUCACCCACGGGCGCCGCUUCGAGUACGACCACCCGAAGUUUCUCAAACUCGUGGAGCUGAUGGAGAACGCACUGAAGGAAGACUCGAGCUUUCUUCGCGAGGAUCUGACCGAUGCCUUCCUGGAUGAGAUGGAGAAGUCCAAGGGAAACCCCGAGAGCUCCUUCAAUGAAGGAAACCUGCGCCUGGUGGUGGGCGACCUCUUCGCUGCAGGGAUGGUGACCACCUCCACCACGCUGGCCUGGGCCCUCCUGUUCAUGAUCCUUCACCCGGAAGUGCAGCGGCGUGUCCAGCAGGAGAUUGACGAGGUGCUAGGGCAGGUGCGGAGACCUGAGAUGGCUGACCAGGCCCGCAUGCCCUUCACCACAGCCGUGGUCCACGAGGUGCAACGCUUUGCGGACAUAGUGCCAUUGGGUAUUCCUCACAUGACUUCCCGUGACACUGAGGUGCAAGGCUUCCUCAUCCCCAAGGGAACCAUGCUCUUCCUCAACCUGUCAUCGGUGCUGAAGGAUGAGGCUGUCUGGGAGAAGCCCUUCUGCUUCCACCCGGAGCACUUCCUGGACGCCCAGGGCCACUUCGUGAAGCAGGAGGCCUUCAUGCCUUUCUCAGCAGGCCGUCGCUCAUGCCUCGGGGAGUCACUGGCACGCAUGGAGCUCUUCCUCUUCUUCACCUGCCUCCUGCAGCGCUUCAGCUUCUCUGUGCCCGCUGGACAGCCCAGGCCCAGUGACCGUGGCUUCUAUUCCUUCCUGAUGACCCCUGCCCCCUACCAGCUCUGUGCUGUGCCCCGCUAG